AUGUAUAUCCACCUCUUUCUCGCACAGCUUAUAUGCCUCGCGAGUGUCGUAGUCGCAAACAACUACUUUACCCUCACACUUCAUGCGCCCAAGUACGCAUUUCUCAACGGCAAAAUUAUCAACGCUCGGGAUAAAUCUUUUAUUGUCGGCGCUCUGGCCCCCAGCACACGCUGCGGCCUCAGUGAUCCUGCCCAGUGUCCGGCUGGCGAUACUACCCUCAUCAACAGCGACAUGUCGUUUCUUGCUUCUGCGGCUCCUGGAGGCCAGUUCAUCUAUGUCGCUCCAGAUGGCUCCAUCAGUUAUCCCUCUGCUCACUCAACUUUGCGUCCUCCGGGUGCCCAAGUCGGCGGCUUUUACUCAUACCCAGCCCCAUUUGAUAAUGGAGAAUCCGUAAAUGUUCUCAACUGGCGGUCGAAUGAUGGUACGACUGGCUUAUGGGCGUGCCCUGUUUCUCCCGGAGCGCCUGUUGCGUACCAAGCCGUGCUCAAGGCGGCAACGGCACGAUUCAACGGCCUGGGGUGUCUCGCUGUUGAUGGCAUUAGUAUUCAGCCAGCUGGUAGUUCUUUUGGGGCCUGGGAGUAUACAUAA